AUGGACCGAAAGUCGGUUCCGGAAACUGAAACCGUCCCCGCGCGCUGCACUAAAGUCACUCCAAGUUGCUUUCCGCCCCAUCUUCAAAGGGGACUGUGUGGUACCUGUGCUGUGGGCGGAGAGCCGCUGCUGGGCGCCAGGAUUCCAGGAACUAACUGUACUGGGAAGGCAGAAUGGCUAAAGUCAAGAGAACUGAGAACAGCUGCUGGUGAAAAUGUGGGGGGAAGGGAACCUUCAUCCACCGCUGACAGGCAAACGGAGGCUCCUCACGCAGGAGCACAUUUGCCAGCUGGGUAUGGCCCUCCAUACCCACCAGCAGCAUUCCAAGGACCUUCUGAACAUACUGGAUAUCCCACACCUCAGGCUGACUACUGAGGUCUCCAGGCUGGUUACCUGGGGCCCCAGGGUACAUAUUCUGGGCCUCGGGCUAGCUACACAGACCUACUAGUUGGCUAUGCAGGUUUCUACCUUUCUGUUCAAAAUAAUCAGGCCAUGGUCCUGGCAGGGACCAGCACCACCUGGAUGCCAGCACCACCACCUUCACUGAACUGCCCACCUGGGCUGGAAUAUUUAAGUCAGAUAGAUCAGAUUCUGGUUCAUCAGCAGAUUGAGCUUGCAGAAGUUUUAUCAGGUCUUGUAACAAACCACAGAUACAAAAUCAAGAACAGCCUUGGUCAGAGGGUUUACUUCACAGUGGAAGAUAAUGACUGCUGUACUCGAAACUGCUGUGGAGCAGCUCGACCUUUCACCAUGAAGAUCCUGGAUAAUAUGGGCCAAGAAGUCAUCGCUCCGGAGAGACCCCUGAGAUGCAGCAGCUGCUGUUUCCCCUGCUGCCUCCAGGAGAUCGAAAUCCAGGCUCCUCCUGGUGUGCCGGUGGGUUAUGUUACUCAGACCUGGCACCCAUGUCUGCCGAAGUUUACACUUCAAAAUGAGAAGAAAGAGGAUGUUCUCAGAGUUACUGGUCUGUGUGUUGAUUGCACAUGUUCAGAUGUUGAUGUUCAGAUCAAAUCUCUUGAUGAAGAAUCUAUAUCCGGAAAGAUUUCCAAGCCCUGGUCUGAUUUUCUGAGGGAGGCAUUCCUAGGUGCGGAGAACUUUAGGAUCCAGUUUCCACUAAGCCUUGAUGUGAAAAUAAAAGCUGUGAUGCUCGGUGCUUGCUUCCUCAUUGUGG